CAAAGUCAUGAGCAAGGCAAGGUCCUCAUGAGAGGACAUGACUCCAAGAGCGCCGCACAUCUGUUGACUUCCACUUUCAUACGAGCGUCAAGGAUAGCUGAACCUGCUUUUGCUUUUGGCCUGACUGCCGCUCAAUCACUGGCCAGCCUGUAUUCGCCAACUAUAUGCUUACACUCACACUAUGUAUUGUGCCCAUCGUCCACAGGUAAACUGGAUCUCAUUUCUCGCGUACGCAUCAGACCGCGUGUUUUACAACCUGUUUGUCUCGUGUACAAUGCCUCAUGGUCGCCAAUAGUCCUCUUAUGUGUUUCCCCAGUUUAAAAGCUGCGUUCACAAAUCACCCAUGUAAGAGCCUCACCCGCUCACAAUGUUUGCUUCUUCUUUCAAUCCCGCUGUCCGACCUCCCACCCGUUGUGGAGCAGCCAAAAAUUAUUUCCUCCCGGUCCCGUCGGGUUUCUCUCUCCAGGUUUUCAAGGCCCCGACGAUGUCUGCACGUCCGUAUGCAGCGAAAGUGGACUUAGACUACCGUCCUAUGGCACGGGCGGACUCUCAGUCCAGACAACAGUCCGGACACGUUCCUCGCCAGCAGGAACCCACGAGGAAGCUAUUAAAGGCUCCUCCGCCCGAGGAGACAGGCUUUGCUAAGCGAUCGUACGAGCACAAGCCAAGCUCCGGGAGAUACGCUAUUCACGCCGGACCUGUGCCCGACACAUACAUUUAUGAGCGCUCAAUAUCGUCCAAGGUUGCAUACCCCUACUCGCCUUCUGACGUAACGAGCGAAUGCGACUCUAUAUUCUCAGUGAACACACAGAUCUCUUCCGGCUCAUCGAGCAGCAGCAGCGUCACAGAUAGCCCUCCAAACACACGGAUGCUUCAAAUCAGAGCUGCUUCACCGAGCUCUGAGCAAACACAUUCGCGUUCACCUCAUUCGUACCACCCUAGGGGUAUGUCGACUUUCCCACAAGGGCAUUCAUGCCCUUCAUGUGGGGAGGCAAGUUCUCCGCCAAGAACAUCAUCUAUGGCUGGCAAUAAGGGGAACUACGCCCCUUAUCCUUCACGUCCACUCCCUACGCCCCCAAUUAGCGCUAGAGUACGUAAGGACAGCAUUCUUCUAGCAAGCGAGCGCUCUAUUAUGUCAUAUGACACCCGUCAGCACUCGACAUCACUCAAGCAUGGUGAACGCGUGCCAUUCCCAGCUCCACCGGUAGCUGAGCAAGGGAGAAAUAGUAUGGGCAUGCAGCUGUCGCGCUCAUCGUCCCUCAAGGGGGGCCUCUCCAUUAGUAUCCCACCACCUCCGGGUUUGGAUUUGGUCCCUGGUGGUCAUUACGAGUACCCUCCUGUUCAGGGACCCGUACAGGACGCUGAACCAAAUUUCCGACCGCCUAGCGCACCGCAUCGCCGGAAUUUUGAUGGCGAUCACACUCAAACCUUGCCACAGCAGCCGGGGUGCCUCGCACGGUCUGUGCGGUGGUGCGAUGACUUGAUAUGUCCAUCGCCUAUAUUCCCGAAUCAGAGAAGGAAGGGAUGGUUCAAUCGCAGAGGAGACCAGCUCUGGCGAAACGAUGGUUCCUAUCGGACACCAACACCAGGAGACGCGUACCCUCCUGACCUUGAGGGCUAUCCAGAGCCCGGAGGUGGGUGGCAGAAUGAGGAAGGAACUCGCAUUGACAUCAAUCAUCGUUUGAUACCCAAACCCCCGCUGCGCUCUGUAUUGAAGCCAACGAAUUAUAAGUGUCAGGAUGGUAUUAUUGCUGGUUACCUCACCGCUGUCCCCUCGCCGACAUCUGACGACGAGUGACAAUCGGAUGCAUCACGAGUCCGCUUCCCCACUUCAUCAUUAUCUAACACGCACGCACUCUUCGAUCAACUUUUCGCUUUCGAUGUUUUAUU